AUGGCUCCACAAACAGUGACCGAUGGAAGACGCAGUCUCAAGAAUUUUUCUUAUGAUCUCGAAGAUGCAUUAAAUAUCCGACCAACGUAUAAAAAAGCUGUUGUAAAGGAAGAUCUUACCGGUGAUGCGAAAAGAGAAGGCGCUAGAGCGGCACAGAGUUCCUCUACGGAAUUACUGGGUUAUGACUGGAUAGCAUCAAUGGUAGAUAAUCAAAUGAGGUCAAUGUAUGCCAACAUUAUGGACAGCUGUGAUAAAAAGUUAUUAGGUUGUGACUCAGUUGACGACCAAUGGUUAAAUCGACAAGAACUUUUCGAUGACCUCAAUAAGUUUCGUCAAACGAAUUCUGAAUUGUGUUGUUCACAACAACCUUUAAGUUAUAACAGUGAAUUUACCAAAGUUAAUCCAACACGACAUACAUCAACAAGUGUCAGACAACUGAUGCGAUCAAUUCCACCUAUUAGAACUAAGAGUUCUUCACACUAUAAUUCAAGAUCACCCAUUACAUACAAUUAUACACUGAAUUCUAGAUUGUUUCCUGUAAGAACAGAUAUUUUGACUGAUGAUGAAAAGGCAAAAAACGAUACGGCGAACCCUGUGAUUCUCAGGAUUUCAAUCCCGUCGAAUCGUCUAAAAUGUAUGAAAUUACCAAAUAAUUCCUACGAGAAAAGUAUACCAGUUCCAUCACGUCGGUUAACGAAUUCAAUCUCUUUGAUGGGACAUUGCUAUUAA